AUGAACCGAGACCGUGGGCCGGAGAAGCCGAGGAUGGAGGAUCGGUCGUUCAAGGAGAUGCCGUCCCCGCGGAGGAACUUGCCGGAUGUCAAGGCAGAUUCAUCCAAGGGAGGAUUGACACCGGAGAAGGGAAGAUACCUGCUCAAGAUCGCUCCUUUCCCCUUCUCCACUGUCCAUCGUGACUACCAGCAGCUGCGCCUGCGGUACCCUCGCCUCCAUGUCGCGCAAGACUUCAGCAGGGCCCUGUGCCUGUGGCCCGAAGGGGAGUUCGGAAAAGGUGGGGAGCUGCCACUGGUUUCAAAGACGAGGUUCUUCUGCGGAGCUAAGAAGGAUCAGCACCUUUUCCGCAGGCUGGCAGAGCCGUCCAAAGCUCCUCCUCAUCAGUUCACCGUCAAGUACAACGCGAAGGUGAUGCUGCUGCAAGGGCUGCCCGACCUCUGGUGGGAGGCAGGUGGGACUUCCAAGGCGCACCUGGGCAAGAUGAUCAAGUUCCUGUGCGUGAAGAGCCAGAAGCAUGGGCUGUUCUGCAUGGGGGGCAUGUGGAUGGAGGAGAAGGAUGGAGGAGGGUCUACUGGCCCCGACACCGAGGCCUUGAUCCGCACGGCCAUCCGCUGCGUCAAGGAGACGAUCGACGUGGACCUCAGCGGGGUCAAGAAGUGGCAUCGGUUCAUGGAGAUCCAGUACAACCGGCCAGCUGAGAUGUACAAGGGCCAGUGGUAUCCCGAGCAGGAGGAGCAUACGAUUAUCUUCCUCCCAGAGCUCGAGGGAGCUAUGCCCGACCGCGAGCAAUUCACCUCGAGUAUUUCGAACCUCGAGGAUGAACUCAACUCCAAAGCCCAUGCGGCAUGGGAGAAGGACAUGGAGGAACGUCGUCGUGCUGCAAAGGAGGCAGAGAUCAAGCGAGCUGCUGCUGCUGCUGCUGCUGCUGAGGCAGCCAAGCUUGCCGCAGCCGCAGCCGCAGCCGCAGCCGCAGCCAAGGCGGCAGAAGCUGAAGCCGCGGCUGCUGAGAGUAUCUCCACAGGAGAUCGCAAAACACCAGCAGGAGCUGGGAAUAUCAAUGAGGCCGGCCAGCCCGGCGACGGCAAAUCUGCUGAGGUGAAGCUUGAGUCGGUGGUUCCGGCAACAUCCUCUGGGGUCCAGCAGGACGCGGACGCCUCAGGCCAGCUUGCAACGAGCACUGGGGAGGUGAAGACGGAGCAGGAAGGAGGAGGAGGGCACGGGGUGAAGGAGGAGGUGAAGGGGCCUCCUCCUCCUGAACCCAUCAAGCUCGAUUUCCCUGAGGAGCCUUGCAUCCUCGUGCGGCCCAAGUGGGAGGAGGGAGGAGACGGGAAGGGGCAGAUCAAGGCGAGUCUGAUCUCCCUGGACGGCCUGCUGGACUACAACCUGGACGAUGUGCUGGAGAAGAACUUUGAGGUAUCGCUGUUUGCGGAGUUCUUCCACGAGAUGCUGGAGCACAUGUUCGCCUCGAGAAUCCUCAAGGACAUCCAAGACCGCGCGAGGGAGAACGUGGCGAAGAUGCAGGAGCAGGUCGGUAUGAAGAGGAAGCUGGAGGAGGAGGACUCCAGCGAUCCCCCGCAGAAGGUCAGCAGGACAGGUCAGGACGGAGGCCCAGGUGGACAAGAGGCGGAGGAGGCGGUCAAAGAGGAGCCAGAGCCCUGCGGCGAAGAGUUCGAAGUGAUAGACAAGCAGGAAGUCGAAGCUGAAGAGCAAUACCGCACGGAAGAGGUCGUCGACCAUUCCCUGCGCAACGCCUGGGAGUAUUUCGACAAGGGUUUUGCCGAGUGA